GGGGCAGUGGGGAGGAACGGGCUGGGUUUUCUGAGGGACCCUCGGGAGAAACUAGAAGAUCUCAGAGGGCAGGUUCAAGGGGAGGUCGGGAUCUGGGAGUGCGUUAUCCCGAGGGUUGGACGAAGUAGAGUGAAGUUGAAAGCUUUUCCCACUUGGUCAAGCAUGGGAUUGUUAGCGGAUUUUCUUCCGACGAAGAGGAGAGGGCAGAGGGGAGAAUUCAGACGUUGAGUAUGGGGGAAUUUUCGGCACUCAGGUGUCCUUGGACAUUCCGGUUGGAGAGAGGCCGUCUCCCACAACUUUUUUGCCGCUUAGUAUUCGAUUGUCCCCUUUGGGAGCUGUGUAAUGAAACAAACACCAAACUGUGCUUCCUUUUCUGCUGCCUUUACCUGAUGUUCAUGACAGUUUUCCUUUGAUGUCUGAACGCAGCAAAACAUUCACAGUGUCAAGAGGCAGCCCAUCAUUUUAACUGAAUGUUUCUUAUUUGAGGAUCUAUUCUAACACAGUUUCCAGGUUGUCUGCCCCUGCGAGAUAAGCAGCAUUGAUAAGGCACACAUGCUGGUUUCGUUCAUUAGAACACAUAAUUUCAGACUGAGCAGAUCAACGGUAUUUUGGCUAGAGAAUUUUGCUUUCAUCUUGGCCUUGAAUACUUAUGUAAAUCCCGCAGUGAUCAGAAAAGUUUCUCCGGGAUUUAAAGCCUCACUUGGAUUUAAUAUGGCUUCUUGGAUCUUGUCUCCUUGCGAGUUCCCAUUUGGGGUUGAAAGUAGGCUGUAAAUGACUGAGAGAUUAAUAUUCCAAGUUGAUAGUAUGAUAUGCAACUCAUUUGUUAUAAUUAGUCCCACUGUGCUUCAUCAGGAAGCGGUGGGAUUUAUGGACUCUGUGGGCUGUAGAUUAAGUCUCCUGGUCCUUCUGAUGGAGAGUUUAGUAGAAGGCAGUGAAGGGUGAAGUUCCUGUUUGUCUACUGCUGUGUAAAGCUGAACUUCACAGUCCUAAAGAAGGGAGAAGCGAAAGAACUCAACUCACAUCUCUUGCUUAAUUUCAAAUCUGUUUUUGCAUUUGAGUUAGCAGGUAAACAAGGUGAUAUGGAGAGUUUUUGCCAUGUUAAGAUUAUAAUGUAGUCUUUGAUAUUUUUUAAGUCUAAGAUAUAAAUAAGCCUUUGAGAAGGAACCCUUAUUUUAUUUAUAUAACAACACUGGUAUUGUUUAAUGGAUUUCCCCCCGCAGGACUUUAUUUUGAUAAAAGCCAUGUUCAGAUUCUAAGGUUAAUAUCUCUUCAGAAAACGUUACAUAAAAGCUGUUGAUUUUUCUGUGAUGAUGAUUACUUUUUAGGAAAUUUCCUUUUCUUCCAGCAUUUUCAGUAGAGGUCUUACCUCUGGCAAGUUUAUCACUUCUUACUCUCUGCUGAUGAUAUUUUCAUUUCUCAGUUGAUCCUAGUGCUGUUUUUCUUCCAUCUUUCCUCUGGGGUCUCCACGUGUUUACUUUGGCCUGCUUUGGUUUCUCAGACCCUCCAUGUGCUCACUGUUUGUCUCAUCACUCAGUGUAUAUGUAGUUUCUGCUUUAGCAGCUGAGUAGAAGUGACAAUCUCAAAAGCCUUCCCCAGUGGGGGGACAGAUUAAGAUUGUUGAGUGAAUACCCUAUGUGGUGGUGCCUUUGUCAACUGGAUCCUCCUUGCGCCCUCCCCUAGUUCUAUUGAAUUCAGAUUCAACUUUUUCACAAACACUGCCUGCCAAGGCCAAGCAAGACAAAACAAAGACUGAUCCUUCUGCCAGUGCAAGUCCUGCUAGAUAUUGUUUAACAUAUUGUAAUUCCCAAAACUUAUCUUUUUAGAGCACAGUUUAGAAUAAUAUCGGUCUGAUAGCAUCACAGGAGGUUUUUCAUGAACAAACACAAUUUAAAACCUUUCGAAGGUGUUAUUUUGGGCACUUUGGAGGGCAUAUCUGUGAACAACACUUUCCCCUACCCUCAGUAAUAUGGCAAAAUUUUAUAGGGGAUAAUAGAUAAAUAAAAUGAAGCAGAGUUUGGAAGAAAAAGAAAGGAAUUGUGCCCAGGGAAGGGUUCAUGGAAGGUGGUGUUUGAACCAGCUUGGAAGGUGGGAAGGGUCUCAACCAGUAGCAAUGGGUAUUCCAGAUAGAGAAACCAGCAUGUGGAGCUCGGUCUGGCGUGGGGAGGACAGUGCUAGGCACAGGCAGGGUGGUCCGGAAGCUGGGCUGUUAAAUUAAAAGUCUGUUGAAUCUUCUGAUUUAAGAGGGAGGUUGAGAAGGUGAAGAGGAGACCGGGGAUGAAGGAGGUGGGGAGGAGGUGAAGGAGGUGGGGCAGGUGGCUCUGCUGUGAGAGGAGGAGGUGAGCAGCCCCCUUGAAGGUUUCUUUCUCAAAAUAUGGACCUCUGGCAUCCUGGUUCUAGUAAAUACUGCUUGCUGUGUUUUGAUGUUGGUGGCUAAGCUCAUCCAGUGUAUUGUGUUUGGCCCUCUUCGAGUGAGUGAGAGACAGCAUCUCAAAGACAAAUUUUGGAAUUUUAUUUUCUACAAGUUCAUUUUCAUCUUUGGUGUGCUGAAUGUCCAGACAGUGGAAGAGGUGGUCAUGUGGUGCCUCUGGUUUGCCGGACUUGUCUUUCUGCACCUGAUGGUUCAGCUCUGCAAGGAUCGUUUUGAAUAUCUUUCCUUCUCGCCCACCACGCCGAUGAGCAGCCACGGUCGAGUCCUGUCCCUGUUGGUUGCCAUGCUGCUUUCCUGCUGUGGACUGGCGGCCGUCUGCUCCAUCACCGGCUACACCCACGGAAUGCACACCUUGGCUUUCAUGGCUGCAGAGUCUCUUCUUGUGACAGUGAGGACUGCUCAUGUGAUUUUACGAUACGUAAUUCACCUCUGGGACCUCAACCACGAAGGGACGUGGGAAGGAAAGGGGACGUAUGUCUAUUACACAGACUUUGUCAUGGAGCUCACUCUCCUGUCCCUGGACCUCAUGCACCAUAUUCACAUGUUGUUAUUUGGCAACAUCUGGUUAUCCAUGGCCAGCCUGGUCAUCUUUAUGCAGCUGCGUUACCUGUUUCAUGAGGUGCAACGUCGAAUUCGUCGGCACAAGAACUAUCUACGUGUGGUUGGAAACAUGGAGGCCAGGUUUGCAGUUGCAACUCCAGAGGAGCUGGCUGUCAACAAUGACGACUGUGCCAUCUGUUGGGACUCCAUGCAGGCUGCGCGGAAACUGCCCUGCGGACAUCUUUUCCACAACUCCUGUCUUCGUUCCUGGCUAGAACAAGACACCUCCUGUCCAACAUGCAGAAUGUCUCUUAAUAUUGCCGACAAUAAUCGUGUCAGGGAAGAACAUCAAGGAGAGAACUUGGAUGAGAAUUUGGUUCCUGUAGCAGCAGCCGAAGGGAGACCUCGCUUAAACCAACACAAUCACUUCUUCCAUUUCGAUGGGUCUCGGAUUGCGAGCUGGCUGCCGAGUUUUUCGGUUGAAGUGAUGCACACCACCAACAUUCUUGGCAUUACGCAGGCCAGCAACUCCCAGCUCAAUGCAAUGGCUCAUCAGAUUCAAGAGAUGUUUCCCCAGGUUCCAUACCAUCUGGUACUGCAGGACCUCCAGCUGACACGCUCAGUUGAAAUAACAACAGACAAUAUUUUAGAAGGACGGAUUCAAGUACCUUUUCCUACACAGCGGUCAGAUAGCAUCAGACCUGCAUUGAACAGUCCUGUGGAAAGGCCAAGCAGUGACCAGGAAGAGGGAGAAACUUCUGCUCAGACCGAGCGUGUGCCACUGGACCUCAGUCCUCGCCUGGAGGAGACGCUGGACUUCGGCGAGGUGGAAGUGGAGCCCAGUGAGGUGGAAGACUUCGAGGCUCGUGGGAGCCGCUUCUCCAAGUCUGCUGAUGAGAGACAGCGCAUGCUGGUGCAGCGUAAGGAUGAACUCCUCCAGCAAGCUCGCAAACGUUUCUUGAACAAAAGUUCUGAAGAUGAUGCGGCCUCAGAGAGCUUCCUCCCCUCGGAAGGUGCGUCCUCUGACCCCGUGACCCUGCGUCGAAGGAUGCUGGCUGCCGCCGCGGAACGGAGGCUUCAGAAGCAGCAGACCUCCUAGCGCUCCCUUGCCUUCCUCAGCUGCCUCCUGCGCCCUGUGCCAGACUGACUGGAGGAGGCCUGUCCCAAUUCUGCCCGCUCCAUGGAAAAGCGGGCUUGACUGCAUUGCCGCUGUAUAAAGCAUGUGGUCUUAUAGUGUUUGGACAGCUGAUAAAUUUAAUCCUUCUUUGUAAUACUUUCUAUGUGACAUUUCUCUUCCCCUUAGAAACACUGCAAAUUUUAACUGUAGGUAUGAUCUCUUCUGGUGUUGACUGGACUGCUUGGGGUGGGGGACGAUCAGGAGGAAGUGAGCAGUCGCCUGCCUGCAGCAGGCAGCUUCUACUCCUGCCUCAUGCGUACGUCCCACAAAUGCAGGUGUCCUGAGCACCACAUCCAGUGGGAAGAGUGUGGGGGAGGUGCACAGUGUGAGCCCGCCCCCACGUCGUGGGGUAACAUCUGUUAUCAAACUGCUGUCGUUGUUGUGGAAGCAUGUAGACUGUGCCAGAGGCCAGACCCACGGGCUCAUGCACCCCUGAGCCAGCAGGGCAUCUUGGAAAAGGAACUCUUGGUUCGAUACCUGGAGCAGAGGAGGGGAAAGUCCAGGGCUAUAGGGUGUGAUGAAGUCACCCCUUUCUGUCCCACUACAUCUGGGACUGACUUUCCGAGCCUCCAGUCCAAAGCCGGCUUGAUUUCCGUGAACUCUGGUGCUCCUGCAUCUCAUGAGUGUGCCCCAUGGGUCCCCUCCCCUCUCAGCAUUUCCUUGUCCCGUCUGGACCUGGGGAGUGGUUAGGCAGCAAGCUUUGGUUUAUGGUUUUCAUUCAUUGGUGAAGUAAAUUAGGCAGUGCUAAAGCCUGUGGGUUUGGUCCUUGAACAAGAUAUGGGCCUUGCAAGAUGGGAGAGUAAACCUUGAAGGGCUUUAUUAAAGAAAUAAAAAAGAACUUUUGUAUCUUUCAUCCUGGGAGCACUGCGUUUUCCUAGCUGUGUUAUUCCUGGUUUAAUUCAGCAGAGAAGGUAAGGUGUGAACCUACCUGCCUUGGAGAGGGCCCAGGUCCCAAAUCUCUUCAAAUUCUUCACAUGUUUAACUUUAAGGAUUUGAACCAUGAAGUCAUAGGUUACAGACUUCAGUUUUAUGCCCCAUUGGAUUACUUUUUUUUUUUUUUUUUUUUUUUACUCUUUGAAAGCUUUGUUUUGUGGUAGUCCUUUUGGGAAGAAUCCAGUAUUAUCUACAAUUAUUGGCAAAGUUUAAAUGUAUUUUACACAACGGAAAGUUUUUAGAAUGUUGAAAAGUAAUUGAAAAAGGUGAUAGGUAAAUUUUUAGGCAAAGAUAAUUUAUUUCAAUAAAUCUUUCAAAAGCCUUACCUUGAAAUGCUGUUAGUAAAUUUCUGUGAUUUUUUUUUUUAAUUUGUUUUGCUGAGAGCAUAGCUAUUUGUUUUUAUUGUAAAACAAUAAUAAUAAUAAAAAGCAAACUCUA